ACACACACGAUCUUGCGCCCGGGCGCACGCCAGGAAACGCUCUCUGCCUGUGCUCCCCAUCCACCGGGCGCUACCUGCGCGUCUCCUUUCGGUCGGUCGCAUCCUCCUUGCAAAUUCGACGGGAUGGCGGCACCCGCGCUGCACGGCCGAGUGGGACUACUGUGCGCGCUGCUGAGCGUGGUGCAGUUCAGCCUGGGUGAAAAUAAAGUAUUGACAGCUGUUAACAUUACUUGGUCAUCCCUUAAUUUUAAGACACUGCUGCUUUGGAAGCCUGAGCCAAAAAAUUAUUCAUAUACAGUUGAAAUAGAUGGAGAUCUAUCUGAGCGGAAGAAAGUAUGCAAUCGUAUUAGCCAAACAGAAUGUGAUCUUACAAACUGGAUGAAGAAUUUAAGAGAGAUGUAUGUUGCUCGCAUAUACUCUGAAGGGCCUUAUUCAGAAGAAAAUAUUGAUACCCCUCCUUAUGAAAUUUCUCCACCGUUCACUCCUUACACUCAAACUGAAAUUGGAAAGCCCAGAAUCAAGAAUUUUACACAAGAAGGUAAAAUUUUGAGAGUGGAGAUUGAAGAUCCCUUAACACCUAUACGAUUUGCCAAUGGAAGCUUUCAAAAUAUCAGGGAUAUAUUCAAAGAUGACCUAGAAUAUACACUGACCUAUUGGAAAGACCAAAGUACAGGAAAGAAAUGGGUAGCAGCAAAAAGCAACAAGUUUGACAUUCAGAUUGAUGCAGGGAAGAGUUACUGCUUCUUUGUCCAAGCAACUAUCAUGUCACGCAUAAAUAACCGUGAUGGCCAGAAAAGUGAUCAAGUUUGUACUGGUGUUAACAGAAACGACUUGGAUGGUCUUCCAUUAGAGUCAAUUCUUAUAAUAGCGUUUGGUGCAAUUGCAGUCCUCAUGCUAAUUAUCGCUUUGCCUGUGAUUGUGUACAGAUGCAGGAGAUCAAAAUCUGCAGCCACAAUGAAAGAGAACAUCCCCCCAAAUUUAUAGGGGGCAGGAAAGCUCACAUCUGCAUUAUCACUACAAACUGCUGCUCAUAACUCCUACCUGUGGAACCCUUGGCUUACCUAUGGAAGCAAUAAUCAUUGAUCUUUAAAUCAAGGGACUUACUGUUUCUGUGAAACACUUGGACUUAAAACACUACUUAAAAUGUCUGCUUUUAGUCAGCCAGUAACAGUAACGAAAACUGUUUUAAAUACAUUAACUGACAGGAGGAAACUGUUUUCUCUGAAUCCUUUUGGAUAAAGAUGUUCUGGAAACAUCAGUUGGUACGGGUUCUAGAAUAAAAAACAGAUACAUAAAAUAAAAACUUUUAACAGCCUAAACUGUUUAGACAGAAAAAAGGGCCUACAAUCACAGUAUGUCCCAGCUAGCUGUAACCAGAGUUACAGACCUUUGUUCUGUCUAAACACGCAUAGGAUUGCACACAAAUAGGAUUCAUUUGAAGUGUAUCGUGCAAAUCAGAAUUAAACGCUAGACUAUGCCAGAGGCAGGUACUUGCUAUCAGCGUUUAGACAGGAGAUUUUCUCUGUUUUGAAACAGACUUUUGGAAACGUUUACGAAAUUGAACAUUUGCAAUAUUGGCAGCCACCUUUAAUGGUACAAUGUUCUUUACAUAUUAAUUUAUGUGUCAGGAUUUAGCACUUUAAAUGUAAACUGAUUAUGAACUCCUGGAAAGAGACAAACCUAGUUUCUUCAAAUGGCAUACAUCUGUUAACAUAGGUGGUGUGAUUUUGAGUUUUAUAAUGCUACUGCAAUCAAUUUUUAUAUAUUUAUGAUUUUUAUGAAUGGAUGUUUAUAUUUGUAUAUGUUGUAGUAAAUUAUUUAAUAUUUACAUAAAUACACUACGUUUAACUUCCAGGGUUUUCCUCUAUGCGCUGACUGUGAGGGUUGCAACAAAGGGGAGGGCUUUCUUUGUGUUGCCUCCCCCCCCCCCCCCCCACAAUCUGUGAAACAGCCUCCCUACUGUGGCUUGGCUGGUGCUGAAUUUGUCACUUUUCAGCACCAGGUUAAGCUGGCCCUCUUUUCUGAGGCCAAGGGUUUGGAGGGGAUUAUGCAUUCCAGGGGUUUUGCAAAGUAAUUUUUGCUAUUGUCUGUUUUUACUGAGGGUUGUAAACCGCCCAGAGAUCUUUGGCUGUGGGACAGUAUAGGAAUGAAAUUAAUAAUAAUAAUUAAUAAAGGUAACUGGGAAAAAAUAAAUGUUACGGUCCUUGAUUUGGUGAAAAAGUAUUUCAUUGUCAAAUGCUAUAGGAUAAUUUCAAUGCAUGCCUAAUAUGUACUGCUCAUUACAUUACAAGGUCCCCUCCUGCAGGUUGAAAUAGAAGAUUAAAUUAGAAACAAGAUGGCUGGAAACAUAUCUUUAUUUUCCCUUUAAGAAUUGGUAUCGAGUACUCGGCCGUGAACUAAUUAACAGAUAGAUCUGAGGUCCACCCUUGCCUUUGUUCCCACACAAUGAGCCAGCUCUGCAUUCUGCACUGAAGCUGGUCCAGUAUGGGAUGGAGAAGGGAAUGCUUUGUGGCACAGGAGCAACAUGCCCUGGCAAAAAUCUACCACAACCUUUUAAAACAUUGCAUUUCGAGCCAAAUAAGACAACACAGAACAACUGUGUUCCACUGGUUCCCACCAACCCACAAGGUCCAAGCUUGGCACCUCUGGCACAGAGGAACAGUUGCCAAGCUUUAGUAAUUACAGUAAGGAUCUCUAUAGCACUGACCAAAUAGCAUGUCCUGCUAUUUGUGCAAAAACUUAUUAAGAAAGGCUUCCUAUGGUUGGUGAAAAAAUUCAUCUUGCUUGGUAAAUCACUCAAUAUAGAAGGCAUUUUAUAGUGCUUAGCCCAUCUUCUGUUGCAUUCCUCUGUAUGUGCAUGCAUGCAUGGUUAAUUGUUGCUGCCCGGAACAUUUGUAGUGGUUAGGAUUUUAUUUCUGAACAGCAGAGGCAAAUGUGUUUCUAGUAUAGCAAACUCACCUCCUGAUCAGGCUCAAGCUGUCGCCAAAAGGCAUGUAAUCAUACAAUGAAAAGAAUGCAGUUAUGAGCUUAACUUGGAACAUGGUUCAUGUGACUAUUAAGGACAAAUAUCUCAUGACAUUGCACAACACACUCAGAGAAUGCAAGAUUAGCAAACUAGUGUAUUUCUUUCAACUGCCCUGCCUCACACUCCUGAUUCUGAAAUACUGCACCAUGCAGUUGAAGGGCGCUUGGUAACCCUCCCUUCCCGCAGUCCCCAGUUAUUUUGAAGUAGCUUGCACUGGGUUGGAGUCCUCGUGCAGCAUUCAGUGCUGUUCCAGUGCUAUUGUGAAUGACACGGCACUAAGGCAGACUAUUAAUGGGUGGAUUUUUCACAUUGUGCGUCAUUUGUACAUCCUGCACCAAAGCAGUACUAGAAUAAGGUACAGCAAACCGAUACCUGAAGAAUGUCAUUCCCAACAUGAGAAAAAGUAUGAUUUGCUGCUAAAAUUUGGCAGUGCAGAGGAAAAAGGAGUACAUCUUGUUUGAAAGAAAAAACAACCUGGUUUUGCCACACUAUUAAAUUUGGGCAGCAAAUUACCACUUUUCUCACUCUGAUGGUUUAUGUCGGGCCAGUUUUGGUUUAUGCUAGUGCAGUGGCCAGAACCACAAAUGCAAUCAGGUUCCUUAGCUCUACAAUGACCUUCCUUGACACAACACUUUCAUUUGCUUUUAUUUAAGACUGACUCAAGAACACCAAUUAUUGAGUGUGCAUGCACACACAAAGUCAGGUUUUUCCUUCCACCAGAUACUGCUUGAGCAAGGCUGACCGCUUGCUUCGAUCUCCGCUCCUGUCCAUCCUAGCCAACACAGUCUACAACAAGGAUGGAUAGAAUUCAUAGGCCAAGAAUGUGGAGGGCCACAAGUUGCCCGUUUCUGACUUACAGACUGGUGGGAUUUGCAGUAGAUACAGUGAAAAU